CAUUGUUGUACGGCCACUUAAUGACAGGUUGUUCUGCGGCACUCAUUGCAGCGCUCGUGUUCUGUCCACAACAGUGUAAUACAGCCCUUACGGCGGGGAAUAACUCGAAGCAAACAAGCUGGCCUACUUGACGCCGAGGAGGCAGGUGCCCCGACAUGGGCCUGUGGGCAUUGAAAGCCCCGAUGGCCAUGCUGGGGCCUUACGAGUGUCGAACCCUGAUGACAUGUCCAAUGACAUCGGUCAUUUUGGAGGUGGAGCAGCGAAAGAUGACAGAGACAAACGAAGGACUCAACAGUUUAUCAUCCUCAGUUCCAUGUAUGCCCAACUAGUGGUUGUAAUAUGCGUCGCUUUUUUCAUUUCUGAAAUCGUAACUCCUCAAGUACCACUGCUUUAUUUUGAGGGUUUUUACUUGUAUCUCUACUCAACUUCACUUCUGUUUUUGCUGUACAUUUACAUCUAUCUUUUACGUGAUUCUACCGCUGGAAGUGGCUUGAGCGCCGUCGCCAAAAAGAUAACAAUCUUAGAAAGUUUAAGAAGACUUGGAGAGAAAGGAGUUGACAAUGGACCUGAUGGUCCAGUUCCUCCCCGAUUGAAAAAGUACCGCAUAUCCGAUAACGAUAAAAGCCAUGGGAGUCUUUUUCUGCGGAUUGGAGCUAUAGCCUUUGGCCUUGGAACAAUGGUUUAUAACGGCUUGGAAUUUGGUUCUUUUUUCGAAGUGCCUCCUACAUCACUUUGUUACAACAUAUUCUUGGGUUUAAAUCCGAUUCUGCAGAUGAUCUUCACUUUUGCUCAAAUGUAUUUCAUAUUCGUAAAUGCACGGAUUGCUCUUUCGGAACACCUCAAUAUACAGAAAUUUAAAGUUGUUGCUCGAUUUGGUCUGAUGCAUAUCAUAGCUACAAAUUUGUGCGUGUGGAUUAGAACAGUAGGAAAAGAAGCUUUAGAAGCUAUUGCUGAAAACCAACGGGAAAGUGGACAAGGAUCAAGUCUAGAAGAGUUGAUUUUGCCCUUUCGAGUAAUAGAUGAUGGCAACAAUACAGUGAAUUUCAGCAAUAUCUGUGAAAAGCAAAAUAUCAUGGGAUCCAUCGUGUCUGAUGCAUCACCUUUUUUGUAUCCCUUUAUUGUGGAAUACAGUUUGAUUGCUGCUGCUGUUCUAUAUGUCAUGUGGAAGAAUAUCGGUAACAACCCUAUGUUUCGAAUUGAACAAAGCGCCGAAGAUGCUUUAUCGAGAACCUCGAGUUCUCAGUCUUUCCACAGAGUGAACUGCGCGGGGUCAAGUCGCGGCCUAUUCUUGGGUUUGUUUCUGUUGGUCAUUUCUACAAUUUGCUUGAUCGUCUUCUUUGUUUUCAUUCAUCAUGAAGAUCUUAAUCUUCUAGCUGUCUAUCUCUCCGACUUGUCUCAUUCUAUUAUAAUGCUUAUUUCCAUAUUCGCUAUUAUUGUCGGAUUCUUUCGAGUUCGGGCUCUUCGUUUCCAUUAUGACCGUCAAGACCAUCUUCGAGACCUUUUGCUUCGAGUUAGUGCCUUUGGUCUCUAUACAUACGCCAUGUUUGGCAUAAUUGCAGGUACUCUUUCACCAUUGCACUAUACUCCCAAUCUCUUUGUCAUGAUCACUAGCUGCCUAACUAUCAUUCAGGUUACCCUUCAAUCACUUUUUGUAGCAGAUAUCACAUGCAGAUCAACUUACCUUCCCGAGCAUGACAAUACCAAACCCGGUCGCCAAGUAAUCACCUUUCUCCUGAUUGUGAAUCUAACCUUCUGGAUUAUCUAUACAUUUGAAAUGCAGAAAGUGCAAGCCAGUCCUGUGCAGUUAGGAUUUUACGGGUUCAUGGCUUGGACAGUAAUAGUUAGAACCACUUUACCAUUGAGUAUAUUUUUUAGAUUUCAUUCAUUUAUUACUUUUGCUGAGGUAUGGAAGAAUUCAUACAAAAACAUAUGUAACUAAUUAAUUUAUAUACUGAUCUUAUGCAUUAAUUUACCAAAAUACUGUCUUCUCUAAGAGAGAGCAGUGUAUUCGCAAGAUAUUUACGUUCAAAGCAUUUUUGAUUCUCUUGGAUUAAGAAUGUUGUAUCAAUUUCUGUGUGAAUACUAGUUUAAGAUGCCAUGAGUUUUCGGUUGUCUUUACUUACCAAACGAUGUACGCUUUAUAACGUGUUAACAUCAGAAGCUUAAGAAUGUUCACCAUAAAGCUUGUGCGGUUCAAAUAGAGCGUACUGAUUGCUUUACACUUCUUAAUCGUUUCUGAUAUUGUGCCAAAAUCUAAUUCUGUAGUAGAAGGUGUUUCUGUUCAAUGUAGUCAGAAAAUACGUAGUAUUAGAUUAACGUUUGCUGAACAAUAAGCAUAAUAAAUGUGUUAAAGAAUUCUGCAUUCGCUGGAUGUGAAAUAUUUGAAAGGUUUGUGUUCAUUUUAAAUGCAUGUUAAACUAUUGAAACAUUACAUUUUCCAUUCACGUCAAAGAAGGGACGAUGUAACUUCUGACUAAUAUGCCAGGUUUCGGGUGUUUGAUUUUGUUAAUUUUUCGGUAUAUGUUUAAUGGAUACUGAUACUUCAUUUAAAAUUAUAUUAUUGUUACGCUCAGGAGCUCGUGAACGAAGUCUGUUUUUGAUUAUAGAAGAUACGGGUUGCACUGAACUGAAUAUGAACUAAAGAAACAACUUUCUUGAAUUGAAAACGUUCAAAAUCUUUGAAAAUGCUAUGUUACUUUAAAAAACAUGCAUCAGAAGUGCUUUCCCAUUUGACCAUGAAUCAUAUAAAUUUAUAAAUUUUGCUUUAAAUUAUUUAAAUGACAGAGUUUAAACAAUUCUUUUCCAAGAAAGGGAAUAUGAUUUACUCCAGAAAUGUUUUAAUUAAUUUUUCAGUAAUUCUAAAAGGAAAAACAUACUUUUUAUUCAUCAGUGGUUUGACUUUUUAUUAACAUAGAGAAGCUGAUAAGUAAAAUAAUUUUAUGCCAUGCGUUAAUAGAAAAUAUGUAUAUAAUGAAUGUCAUUCAGUUUGACUAGUUGCAGCAAGUAAUUGUGUCCAUUUGAUAAAUAUGAGGUUUUAAUAUUUAGCAUUUGUAAAAUUUGGGAAGGUGUCAUAUAUUUAAGUGAUAUUCUUGUUUUCUUGCUCAGGAAAGAAUACAGUCGUGAAACAGCAAUUUAAACAUUCGUUUCCCUAUAAGAAAUCACAAGAAAUAAUCGAAAAAUUUAUAAGAUCCUCUGGUAUAGCAAAAAUAACACUACGAAGAACAGAUAUUAAAGCGACUAGAGCAAUA